AUGCCCGACAUCAUUGUGCUGGAGGAGGCCAUCGCCAUCGACAUCGAAAGCAACAUCGCCGACGACAGCAAUGUCAACGCAGAUCCAAGGUCCAACGCAGGCGGUGAUCCAUUGAACGGCAAUGGCAAUGCCGAUGCUGCUUCAGGAGGGCAAAAACGUGGUCGGCAAGGCAGUGAACUAUGGAGUUUCUACACCGACGACGUUAACCCGCACCAGCACAAAUCGGCCCUCUUCGGGAAUCGGGUUUAA